AUGUCACGCCCAAGAAGCAUACGAUGUCUGCCCCGGAAGGUCUCGUCCCACGCCCCAACAUGCCCCGCUUAUCUCCCUCCAACCUUCCUCCUCCCUUCCGUGCCUCCUUCGACUCGCCGAUCCCUCUUUACCCGGCGCUCAACGUCCUUUUGGGCACAGUCGUAUCCGGACAAUCAGGCUUCUACUAGUCAGAUACCGUAUGCUCCUCCCUCACCCACACCGAGAGGCGCGUCUGCGUCUCCGCCACCGGAGGAAGGGAGGAAGAAGGAGAAGAAGCAGAGGUAUCUGGAUAGUCUGAUGGAUAAGGCUGGGGAGCUGAACCUGAGAUGCUCUGUGCUUGAUGCUGAGGGCAACUGGACAGCUCAAGAAGGAAGAUACAAGAAGGCCGAGCUUUGCAAGGAGUAUGACCUGGAUCCCCGCGACCUCCGCAAGCUCGACUCACUCUCCCCAAACCUCGUCCCCCUCAUUCUCACCCGCCGCACCUGCAUCCUCAUCUCGAUACUACACGUCCGAGCGCUCAUCAAGCCCGAUCGGGUCGUCGUUUUCGAUACAGCAGGGACGAUCGAGUCGGAGCUGCAGAAGCGGUUCAAGUGGCAUCUUGAGCGGAAUAUCAAGGCGGGGUUGAAGUUGGGGAAUGGGGAGGAGGAGGGGGAACAUGGGGAAGAGAUCGGGAUGGCGUAUGAGCAUCGUGCACUCGAGUCCAUCCUCGUCGCUACUGCCAAUGCGCUCGAAGAGGAGAUGGCCUUCACCCGGUCCCUGGUGCAGCAGCUCCUGGAGGAUCUCGAUGGCGAUAUCAACCGCGACAAUCUCAAGCGGCUCUUGUACUACUCGCGGAAGAUGGUCGGCUUCCAAAGUCGAGCGCGAUACGUCAAGCGAGCAGUGGACGAAAUACUCGAUAACGAUGAGGACUUAUCCGAAAUGUACCUGACCUCGACGGCUCUCGGUCGACCUCGCGCAUCCCACGAUCACGUCAAGCUCGAACUUCUGCUCGAAUCCUUCACUCAGCAGGUAGAGGAAAUCGUUUCGGAGAUUGACACGACGGUGGCGAAUAUGCAAUCGACACAGGAGAUUGCCGAGCUCAUGCUCGAUUCGGGACGGAAUGCGCUCAUGACACUCGACAUCAAGAUCAGUAUUGCGACGCUGGGGAUAGGGACUGGGGCUUUGCUUGCCGGGGUAUUCGGUAUGAACUUGACGAGCAGCCUCGAAUCCACGCCCUACGCGUUCUACAUCGCCACCGGUUCAGCCGGCACAAUAGCCCUCCUCAUAUGGAUAUACGGCUACCGCGUCCUCCGCCGCGUGCGUCGUGUCGCCCUCUCUGACAAAUCGUCCUCUCGGCGCCAUAUAGUCUGGGAAGACGCUAUUUCGCGAUUACCGCAGACGGAUCCAUUGACGGGGGAUAGGAGGGCGGAGAGGCGGUUAUUGAGGGGCAGGGGCCAGGGCAGGGAGGUGGGGUGUUCAAGGCGAGAUUGGGCGCAGGGGAGUAGGGGUGCGAGGUAG